AUGGCCGCCAGCAGAUCUCCGCCACAGCCGCGCCGAACUGUGUCCCCCGCGACGCUGGUGCCGGCGGCGGAGUGGGUGCCGCGGUACCGCUGGCGGCAGCAGCUGGCGGGCGACCUGUCCGCGGGGCUCGUGGUGGCCGUGAUGCACGUGCCGCAGGGCCUGGGCUACGCGCUGCUGGCCGGAGCCGCGCCCGUCGGCGGGCUCUACGUCGCGCUGCUGCCCGUCUUCGUCUACGCCCUGUUCGGCACCUCGCGACACAUCUCCAUGGGCACCUUCGCCGUCACCUGUCUCAUGACUGGCCAGAUCGUGUCGGAGCACGCGGGGGACGGUGUGACUCCCGAGGAGGUGGUGAGCAUGGUGUCGCUGUGGUGCGGUCUGCUGCUGCUGACUCUGUGGGUGCUGCGCCUGGGGGCGCUGUGCCGAGUGCUGAGCGAGACGCUGGUGAGCUCCAUCACCACGGGCGCAGCAGUGCACGUCUUCACCUCGCAGCUGCUCGAGGCGCUGGGCGUGGCGCGCGACGCACCCAAGCACCACGGCCUGCUGCGCCUCGUCUACACCUACGGGGACCUGUUCUCGGGCAGCCUGCCUCCCAGGCUGCCCGCCAUUGCCACCGCGCUCAUCACCAUCGCGGUGCUGGUGGUCUACCAGUUGGCUGUGCCGAAACUGGUCAGCCGAUGGCUGUCUGCCGAGCUGGUCGUCCUCGUCGUCACCACCGCUACCGCCUCCCAAGUUGAUUUCUCUGCCAGGUGGAACAUGUCGGUGGUGGGGCCCGUUCCUAGCGGGCUGCCGAAGUUGCGCGACCCCGUGGGUGACUGGAAGCUGAUGGGGGCGGUGGCGGUGGGCUCGUUGGGUGUGGCGGCCGUCAGCUUCGCGGUGAGCACAUCGAUGGCGCUGCUGCUGGCGCGCGGCCGCUACCGCGUGCGCCUCAACCAGGAGCUGCUGGCGCAGGGGCUGACCGCGGUCGCCUCCGCCGUCAGCGGGGGCGUGCCGCCCUCCGCCUCGCUGUCGCGCUCCCUGCUGCAGAGGGACGCGGGCGGCUCCACGCAGCUCGCCGGUCUCGUGUCCUGCGCCGUGCUGCUGGCUGUGGUGCAGGGCGCCGGUCCGCUGUUCGAGCCUCUGCCCAGGGCCGUGCUGUCCGCCGUCAUCAUCGUGGCCCUCAGGGGAAUGGUGAUGGCCGCGAGCCGCGACGUGCCGCGCAUGUUCCGGCUGAGCGUACUCGACGGCGGCGUGUGGGUGGCCUCCUUCCUGGGCGUCGUGCUGCUCGACACGGCGCUCGGCCUGCUGCUGGGCGUGGCGCUGUCGCUGCUCUUCCUGGUUGUCAGGGGGGCCGCGCCGCGAGUACAGGUGCUCGGCAUGCUGGCCGCCGCCAAAGGCCCGCCGGCGUACGUGGAGCUGGACGGCAACGCGGCCGCCGUGGAGCGGCCCGGCGUGCGCGUGGUGCGGCUGUUGGCCGGCGCCGCGCUGGCGUUCCCCAGCCGGGACGAGCUGCGCGAGCAGGUGUUCGGCGCGGUGGGCGUGGAGCCGGCCCGGGUGCUGGAGCUGCAGCGGCUGGCGCUGGCCGCAGAGCCGGACUCGGCGCAGCAGCGCGACCUGCUGGAGCGCGCCGAGCAGGCGGCGACGCCGCAGUGGCGCGUGCGGGCCGGCGCCGCGCCGCAGCCGCACCGCCUCACGCACGUCGUGCUCGACCUCUCCACCGUCACCUCCUGCGACUUCUCGUCCGCCAGGAGCCUCGAGCUGCUCGCCGCCAUCUACGACGCCAUCGACGUCACCGUGGUGCUCGUGCUGCAACAGCCCCUCUACUCGCUCGAGUCGGUGCUCAGCGUGGACGCCGCCGUCCGGAUGAUCGGCGCGCUCAGGGAAGAAGAAGAAGAAGACUGA